CUCUCGCCAGCUUUAGAGUUUGCUUGGGCUUGCUUGGCUUCUUAGUUCUGAGCAGUCUGAGAGAGGUGCGACAGCUGAUCAUGGAGGGCAAGACCGUCGUUUUUAACAGCGAGAUAGAUGGGUACAACGAGGUUGUACUUGGCAACCUUCUUCAUGGCUCGUGGAGGUCUUUGCCGCGCUUCUGCCAGUCAAUCCUUCGAAAUUACGUUGGCUUCACCAUCUUGUAUUUUGUUUGUUCCGCUCUUUGGAGCCUUUACGCCUAUCGCCUUAACCCAAAUGUGUCUUCACCAGAAGUUUCAAAAACAAGGAAGAAUUUCAUUGUGAAACACAUAUGGCAGACUAUGAAGGCUAUGCCAGGAUAUAUACUGCUGGAAGGCGUCUCGGAAUACAUGGUGGAGCAGGGCUGGACAAGGUGCUAUUCAGCUAUCGAAGACGUGGGUUGGCCUAUGUAUUUUGUCUACUUCAUCGUCUACCUGGUGAUCGUGGAGUUGGGAAUAUACUGGGUGCACAGAGCAUCUCAUGAAGUAAAGCUGUUGUACAGACUCUCCCAUGCACAGCAUCACGUAUACAACAGCAAACACAAGGUUUCUCCAUUUGCAGCUUUAGCUGUAGAUCCUCUUGAUGGAAUGCUUCACACGUUGCCGUUCAUCUUGGCAACCUUGCUGGUGCCAACACAUUUCCUGACACAUCUGCUGGUUCUCUUCUGUGAAGGCGUCUGGUCUAUCAACAUCCACAGUACCAUCGAUAGUGCUGAAAUAUGGCCUCUAAUGGGCCCCAGCUAUCACUUGGUCCACCACUGUAGACCUAACUAUAACUAUGGCAACUACACCAUCUUCAUGGAUUGGCUCUUUGGCACCUUGCGCAGGCCGGAGUCGGCAGGUGCCAAAAACGAAAAGAAUAUGUGAUCCUCAUCACUAACUUAAGUUUCAGCUUCUUUCUUAAUCUGUAUGUGUAAACAGAUACGUAUGUGUGUGUAUGUGUGAGGGUGGAGUGUGCGGGUUGAUAAGUUCUGCUUGGACAUGGGUAGGUCAUGUUGUAAUGUUCUGGUGUGAAAAGAAUAGGAAAGUUAUGACUUUGCAUAGUA